GAUACACAUUUCUCUAUAGCUCCUGAUAUCCUAAUGCAGAAUUCCUCUGAGAUCUUUGUUAUGAUUUUUCAGGGAUUGCUCCACGUUUAGUGGGAAGAGCUACAGAUCUGAAGAUUAAUAAGAGCUUUUGAAAUGUGACGCCUCAGUCGUGUGUCUGUGCGGUUCAGAUGGAUCUCUGUGCAGUUCUGGCUCAAUGAUUGAUAAAGUUCAGGAUAAAGGUGAAGCUUUCAGGGAACGCACUGAUCGAGAAUCUCUUUUGCAAUGGCCGUAUCUGUGAUGUUGGUGCUGAUGGCGUUUGGUUGGGUGGAUUCGUCCUCACUGCAUUUCAAUGAUGGCCUUCAGCUUCCCUCCACUGAUCCAUCGUGUCACCUGAUGCUGAAGCACAUGCAUAACAGCGCUCGCGUCUCCAUCCAGAUGCCACCGAACAUUCAGGGCCACUGGGUCUCCACCAGCUGUGAGGUUCGGCCGGGUCCAGAGUUCAUCACGCGCUCGUACCGAUUCUUCCUCAACAACUCAUUUCAGACACACCAGUUCUACUACGCCGACAAUCACUGCACGCGCCCAACAUACACACUGGUGACGCGCGGCCGCUUGCGUCUUCGCCAAGCAUCGUGGAUCGUGCGUGGCGGCACCGAAGCUGAUUAUCAGAUCCACCGCACCCAGGUGGUCUUUCACUCAGCGGCUGUGGCCAGAGAGCUCAGUGAAAGGCUGAAGCACAGCUCCAGGAACUUUGAUGCAUGGAUGCCGAACGUGAGUUACAACAUAUGGCGUGAGGAUGGCAGCCUGAACGUUGCCAUGCACGAGCUGCAGCUGUUGCGUGUGGAGAAGCGCUACCUGAACCGGAAUCCGGAUCAUCUGGUGGAGGAGCUUUACCUGGGUGACAUCCACACAGAACCAGAGGAACGGAGGUUUUACCGACCCUCCAGUUACCAGCCCGCACUGCAGAACACCAAGAAUCACGACCACAGCUGCUUGGACUGCCACCUCAUCAGCCGUUCUGAUGAAUUUCACCCUCCCAUUCUCCCUCUGCAGCCAGACCUUGCAGUACACCUGCACGGCCACUGGGUCUCUCAGCGCUGUGAAGUCCGGCCGGAGGUUCUCUUUCUCACCCGACACUUUAUAUUCCACGACAAUAACAACACAUGGGAAGGAAAUUAUCACCACUAUUCUGACCCACUCUGCAAACACCCCACGUUCAGCAUUUACGCCAGAGGCCGAUACAGCGGUGGACAUCUGUCUCGACGUGUCAUGGGUGCCACAGAGUUUGUAUUUGAAGUAAAUCACAUGCGCGUUACCCCCAUGGACGUCACGGCAACGUCACUACUCAACAACUUUAACAGGGACGAGUGUGGCGCUCGAGGCUCCUGGCAGGUGGGCGUGGUUCAGGACGUCACUCCAACCAAUGGCUGCGCAGCGCUGGGCAUCCGCCUUCCACACAUAGAGCACGAGCUCUUUCGGAUGGAGCAGGACAUUCACGGACGACUCGUACUCUACAACGGACAGCGGCCCAGCGAUGGCUCCAGUCCGGACCGUCCAGAGAAGAGAGCGACCUCCUAUCAAAUGCCGCUGCUCCAGUGUUCUGCCAGCCACCGCAGGGCACCCGUCAGCCUGGGAAACGAUGCUGCAUGGCGCCGUUACCAUGGCAACCUGGCAACAAUCGUAGCGGUUGUGGCCUCGAACGUGUUUACGAGUUUCUUUUGCUAAUGGACUGAGACAGAAUUAUGCAAAAACACUACUGAAGUUAACCAAGCGCGAGAGCGGACCUACUGAUGCAGAACUCACCUGCUUAACACAGCAGAAACUGCGCGCUUUACCUCAACAGAGCUGCAAAUUUGUCAGAUAAAUUCUGUCAUUGGUUGCGUCCGAAAGCUUAGGCAGCUGACUUGUUGCUUCGCUGCUUCAUGAGGCAAUGACUUCGGGGAAUGAAGGCAGCUCCGAAACACAUUCGGACAGCCUUCAUAGGCAGUGUAGUGGAAUUCUGUUUGAAAUAUAAACAGAGAGCGCAUUUGUGUUAACUAAUCCCAUAUUUGAAAACUACAAUAUACAUUUUUGGCUAGAAAUGCAAUUAAAAGGUGUAAAAAGAGAAAACAUACAUUUAUUUACACUAAAUUUGUGCUUCUUGGCCGCCAUUUUUAUUUUAUUUUUUUGAACUCGAACAGGCUCAACCACUCACAUUCACUGUGCACGUCCACACAUAGGAUUUUGGGACAGGACAACGAAGGUAUCCCAGGAGACGGGAAGUAAACCUUACAUUGGAUUCAGACGUGGCUUGACGCUUUCGUGCUGGAAUGAAGGCAUCAAGGCUUUCGGACACAGCCAUUGUUUACUCACCAUCGAGUCAGAGUGACUGUCAAGCUCCAAAAUAUGACUUAUAAAAAAUUAAACGGGGUGGUAUCACAAAACAGUUUAUGCAAUUUACUACCAGCCCUGAUGGUCAUUAAACAUUAACAUAUUUGUGGACAUUAUCAGCAGGUUUGAGAGGACGUGAGGGCGGGUACAUGACAAAUUUGUGUUUUUGUUCUGUGGAUGUUUAUUUAUCUACAGAUGUGUUGUACAGAGAUGACAAAGUGACUUGUUUAAGGGCUCCAUGGAGAAUAAAGGUAGUUUAAUAAACUGUAAAUGAACACUGCUGAGUUAAAGUGAUAGUUCACCAAAUAACGAGAAUCUGCUGGUAAUUUACUCAUAAUUAGAACUGACAAGAUGUUAGGUGACAUUUGUGACCCUGUCUGUAAAAACCAAGUGAUUUACUGUUUCCUAAGUCAUCGUACAUAAUGUGAAGGACAUUCUGGAAAAAUAUAACCUUGAUAUCUUUAAAGCAACACCAAAGAGUUUUUUUUACCUUAAAAUAACGUUUCCAAAAAAGUUUCAGUCGUUCAUCCACACGAAACAGGGUGAACGGCACUUUCACAUUCCCUUUGGAGCCCUCUAUCGGCCAAAACCGCCGGGUCGCAGUCCUGUAGUUCGAGUGAAAACUACAAAAACUUGCUUUACGGCAGACCUACAAUCCAAUCAGAGCCAGAUAUGCUGCAGUAGGCUAAAUUAUUUACGACAGUGGUAAUGGACAAUUCUGCUACCAACCUGUAGGGGGAGCAGAGAGCAAAAACUCUUAAGUGUUGUUUUAAUAUUGACAAAGGUCAUGUCAAAGAUCGAAAUCAAAGUUUGAUGCAUCUCGUUGUUAUAUUGUGAGACUUUAGUCUGGAUUUCACUGGCAGGGAGACAUUUUUCUCUUCAGUAAAGAAUUUAGGAUGAAAGCCUGGUCUUGGAAAUUCAUUAAAAUUAAGUCCUCAGGUCAUGACAGUUUGUCAAAAAAGCAGAAACAGGCAACACAAAAUUAUCACAAUGAGUACGUUAACAGCUAAUGUUCAAUACUCAGUAAACUACCACUUUAAACCUUUCACAUGACUUUAUUUUCACUGAAGGAAAUUUGCAGUACUAUUGUGAGUCCAGAGGUAUCAGACUCGUCAAAUUGAACAAGCAAAAAAAACUUGGUUCCUGACAUCUGAUCUGUAUGAUGGUUUCAGGGAACGUAAACAGAACAGAACAAAGGAAACAAAAUGGGAAUUUUCUGGAAUACUUGUUUCCUGCUUUAUCAUGAAAUAGGUGAUGUAAUUUUUUUUAAUAAUUACUCCACUUUCAUAAAACAAUUCUGAUAAUUAACUCACCCCAUGUCAUCUAAAAUAUUUUUUCAGGAAAACAUUCCAGGAUUUUUCUCCAUAUAGUGGACUUUAGGUCUCUAAAUGAUCCCAACUGAGGCAUAAAGGUCUUAUCUAGCAAAACGAUCAUCAUUUUCAUUAUGUAAGGCUGGUGCAUCACACAGAUGAGAAGUUGUGGUUUAUAAGUACUUUUUUUGGGGGGAGGUGGGCCAAAAUGCAGAUUGUUUCACUAGAUAAGACCCUUAUGCCUCAUAUGGGAUCAUUUAGAGCCCUUUGAAGCUGCAUUGAAACUGCAAACUCCACUUAAAGGUGCAGUGUGUAAAUUUUAGCAGCAUCUAGUGGUGAGGUUGCAAAAUGGAACCAACGGCUCAUGUCCAGUGCUCACCACUCGCUUUUGAAACACAUAGAGAAGCUACGGUAGCUGCCACCGGACAAUCACGUCAUUGUCGGAGACAACUUUGUCCCACAGUUUGUCCGUUAAAGACUUCGGUAGAAAUAUGGUGGCACAAAAUGGCGACUUCCACGUAAGGGGACCCUUUGUGUAUGUAGAUAAAAAACGUCUCAUUCUAAGGUAAUAAACACAUAACGGUUCAUUAUAAAAGGUCUUUAUACACCCCUGAUAAUAUAGUUUUACAUUUUAUAUUUCUGUCAAGAGAUCCUUCUAAAAAUUACACACUGCACCUUUAAGUCCACUAUAUGGGGAAAAAUCAUGGAAUGUUUUCCUCAAAAAAAUAAAAACUUACAUUUUGACUUAACAAAGAAAGAGAAACAUCUUGAAUGACCUGGAGAGAGUAAAUUAUCAGAACUUUUUAUGAAAGUGGAGUAAUCCUUAAGGAGGCGAUUUUGUUUAACAGUGUGCUGUUUUCUACACAAAAUACUACAUAAUGUACAGAAUUUUUUUUGAAAAUAUAACCUUGAUAUUUUUUAUGUUGACUGAGUAAGAUUGUGUCAAAGUUUGAAAUCAAUGACUGAAAUCACUUUCAUUUUCCUAAUCUCAUUUUUAAAUUAUGAGACUUCAGACUGGAUUUCACAGGCAGGGUCACAUAAUCCAUUGAUUGGACAGAUGCUAUCCAAAUAACUGGACUGUAAAAUUUAAAUGAAAGUUUUUCAUUCAUUGUUUAAAGUACUAAACAAAAAACAAUAAGGUGUGAAUAUGAUCAUUUAAACUAACUAAUAUAAUUGCAAAUAGAUUAUUUCACGGAGAGCAAAAUAAAGGACACACAGGCUGAACUUUCUAUUUUUCUUUUAAUUUCUUGAACAUCAUCUAGUAUGAGACAGUAAAGACAUCUGUGAACAUUUGUGGAAAAAAUGCUCUGUUUUGAGAGAAAGUACAUUAAUAAUAUAAUUAAUAAAUGAUAAUAAUAAUAAUAAUAAUAAUAAUAAU